UAAGGAAAAACUUCUUCAGUCCAGUGAUUGGUGACUAAGGGAACGGUGGAGCACAGGGGAUUGGGCGGGAUCUCGGCUCCUAAUAAUGCCUCCUUAUCCAAUGAAAAGCAUUUCCUAUUGAGACCCCCAAGAGUUCCCCCGGCCCUGGGCUCCAGCCCGGACUUUGGGCCUUUUCUUGUGUCCUGUUUGUUAAAGGCAUGCCGGCUACAGCAUUAAAGAGGGCCGGUUCUUAACAAAGGGAAAGAGAUAAAUGUAAAUAAGCUCACAUUUUCAGAAUGAGCGGUUUACUGUAAGCUGCGGCAGCCCAGAGUCUGCUACUUUGGGCUGGGCUAACCUUUCCCUGUAAAAAAAAAAUAAUGGAUAAAAAUAUGCACUUCCAAAGUGCGAGUUGCCCGUUUACAUGUUUAUUAGCUAAUUGUCUACAGGCAUGAGCACACUCUCUCAUCUAGCACACUCUUUUUUGGGGAAUACUGCUUUCUGGAGGAGUGUGAAAACUAUUCUCCUUAAUAUUAAGCACCUGUUGGAGGAAAUUCCUAACUACAGUGCCUCCAGAAAGUUUAUUGAGUACUCAUAUCUGAGAUAAAAUUGCUGCCAGAAUUUAAACUAAUGUGGAGGAAAGUAUUUCCUACCAGUCCCUAGUCUCAGAGUGGUGAACCCCUGCAGCUAGCAGGCCUUCUGAAAAAAAUCCAUGGGUGACAGAAGAUUCAUUGACUUCCAAUUCCAAGAUUUAAAUUCAAGCCUCAGACCCAGGUUGGGCAAUGCUACUACCAAUAAUACUUGCAUUGUUGAUGAUUCCUUCAAAUAUAAUCUGAAUGGUGCUGUCUACAGUGUUGUAUUCAUCCUGGGUCUGAUAACCAACAGUGCUUCUCUGUUUGUCUUCUGCUUUCGCAUGAAAAUGAGAAGUGAGACCGCUAUUUUCAUCACUAAUCUGGCCCUCUCUGAUUUGCUUUUUGUCUGUACCCUACCCUUCAAAAUAUUUUACAACUUCAACCGGCACUGGCCUUUUGGUGACACUCUCUGCAAGAUCUCUGGGACUGCAUUUCUCACCAAUAUCUAUGGGAGCAUGCUCUUUCUUACCUGUAUUAGUGUGGAUCGUUUUCUGGCUAUUGUCUAUCCCUUCCGAUCUCGUACCAUUAGGACCAGGAGGAAUUCUGCCAUUGUGUGUGCUGGUGUCUGGAUUCUGGUCCUCAGUGGUGGUAUUUCAGCAUCUUUGUUCUCCACCACGAAUGUCAACAAUGCAACCACCACCUGCUUUGAGGGCUUCUCCAAAAGGGUCUGGAAGACUUAUCUGUCCAAGAUCACAAUAUUUAUUGAAGUUGUGGGGUUUAUCAUUCCUCUGAUACUGAAUGUCACUUGUUCUUCUGUGGUGCUAAGAACCCUCCGCAAGCCUGCUACUUUGUCUCAAAUUGGGACCAAUAAGAAAAAAGUGCUGAAGAUGAUCACAGUGCAUAUGGCAGUCUUUGUGGUAUGCUUUGUACCCUAUAAUUCUGUUCUCUUCCUGUAUGCCCUGGUGCGCUCCCAAGCUAUUACCAAUUGCUUGUUGGAAAGGUUUGCAAAGAUAAUGUAUCCAAUUACCUUGUGCCUUGCAACUCUGAACUGUUGCUUUGACCCUUUCAUCUAUUAUUUCACUCUUGAGUCCUUUCAGAAGUCCUUCUACAUCAAUACCCAUAUCAGGAUGGAGUCCCUGUUUAAGACUGAAACACCUCUAACCACAAAGCCUUCCCUUCCAGCUAUUCAAGAGGAAGUUAGUGAUCAAACAACCAAUAAUGGCGGUGAAUUAAUGCUAGAAUCUACUUUCUAGGUACAAGAAUUGUCUUCUGGUCCAGAUACAGUUUCUCCUAUGAUUUUUUUUAUGCUAAGAUUUUGAAGCUAAUGAUACUGAGUAUAGAUCAGUGUACCAAAUACAGUCAGAUGCAUUUGUUUGAACAUUUAAUGUAAUAUGCUGUUUUGUUCAGUAAUUAUAGGUCAAGUCUAAUUACAACAACUGAAACAGAUCACCAGACUCUUCUGCUGGGUUGGAAUUUCAUGGUAUCAUGUUAUGUAAGUGGCCAGUGGCCUUCACUUUAGUGAUACACAGAUUACUUUAAACUUCUAAAAACCUAUUUCCAUUCCAUUGAUUUUGGUAAUUGGGUUGGGCCUAUAAAUAUAGAACAAAUUCAGGGAUUAUUUAAAAAAAGGUUAUAUUACUACUGAUAUAUGCUAAUCUUUUUCUUCUUGUUUGAAUUGUCAUUCAAUUUAUUUUAACACAAGAACGUAUCUUAUCCUAAUAUUAUUAAUAAGAAAUGUGUCCAAUUUUAAAGAAUUGGUAAAAAUUAUUAUGCUAAUUUUGUUAAAUUAUGCUAAAUUUGUAUUUGAUAAUUUUGAAAACAGAAAAGAAAAAGUAUUUUCAUGUAUAUGGUUGGGGAGAAUUAGAAAAUUAACAAAAUUUACACAUUUAUAAUCACAAACAGUGUCAAUUUUUAAAACUUUUCUUUUUAUACUACAUAAAGAUUUUUGUAUGAAAAUUCUAAGCCAGAAAGCUGCUACCUAUGUGCCUGGCAGGUGCAAAAUGGAAAAUCACAUAGAAAAAAAAAAAAAAAACAACGAAACAUCAAUAAAGAAAACCUAAGCAACACUAACAUUUUUUUCUUAAUACUUAUAAUUACCUUUCUUUUGAGGGUCUGAGUUGUAUAAAAUAUUUAUUCUCCAUAUGAAUUUGUUUUAAUUUUUUUAUUUGUUUUAAUUAGUUAUACAUAAUCCAUAUGAAAUUUUGGGGCACAAUGCAACCAAAAAGCUGUUGCAGUUGUGCCCAGGUCGGGAGCGAAUUGAAAAAAAAUGAGAAAAUAAUAACAAUAAUAACAAAAAAAUUGUAUAUUUGCAGUUAUUUGGGGGUGGGAGGUGGUAGGGACCUGUAACUUUAAAAUACUUAUUGCUUUCCUAUUAAAUUUUGGAGCACAGUGUAGCCAGGGAGCUACUGAGUUUGUGCCCAGGUUGGGAGCAAAUUGAAAAAAAAAUGUAUAUAAACUAAAUAAAAACAAAAAACAAAAAAAGAAAAAAAGCACAAAAUAAAAAAAAAGACAAAAAAACCCCACGAAAAUAGUUCCUAACAUUUGUGUUACUGUUUUAUAUAUUUUUGAAUCACUGUAAAUUUAAAAAUAGGUUAUUUGUAUGGAUUUUUUUUAUCAAAAUUCAACUAAAAAUCUGUUAAGUUUUUGCCUUGAUCAGGAAUAAACAGGAAAAAAAAACUGACAUAAGACUAAAAAAUAUUAGAACAAGCAAAACAAACACAGAAAAAAAUUUAGAACCUGCACUGUUUUUGAGCAUCUGUAAAAUUUUAAAAGUACUGAAACUUUCUUGUGAUACUUUGGUUCAAAAUGCACCUAGAAAGCCCCUAAACAGGCACCCAGUUUAGGAGCAAUUAAAACAAUGUUUAAAAAUCUAUCAAAAGAAAUAACCAUUUUUAUAAUUCAAAUAUCAAAAACUAAAAUAUCCUUAAAAUCUUGCUAUUUUUGGAUGAAGAGUGAUUGUAAUAAGUUUUAAUACUUUUAAGUAAAAAAAUAGCUCGAAAGGUGCUACAUUUGUGCUUAAGUCAGAUGCAACGGAAAUUAAAAACUCUCACACACAUAUAUAAAAAAUAACAAAACUUUUCAACAUUUCUAAAACCUUGAAAAAUAAGAAAAAUAUUUUAAAAAUGUACAUUAAUCAGUUUAAAAAUAUGUAGAUGAUAUAGUGACUUAAAAAUGCUAAGAAUUUCAAAGUAGAACUUCCAGUAACAAUGCAUCUUGUAAUUUGCUGAACUUGUGCCAAGGAAUGGUAAAAAAAAAAUAAAAA